GAAAGGGGCCCGUAGCAGAUUUAUGUAGCUCGCUGGUCGAGCGCAGAUCAGCGAGCUAUAUAAAUUGCAUUUGGGAUCGGGCUGCGGUCGAGAAUAACCCUGUCAUGGCUUCGCUAUCUCCUCUCCGUUGCAUUCCUAACCAAUGAAUACAGUACAGCCAGCCACAUGCGGUCCCGGAUCCACAGACAUAGCGUUCGUGCUCUGUCCUCUGAUUUCCAGGUAUCGUAUGCAGCUACAUACUGUGCUCUGUACUCCGUAGAAUCGAGAUCUUUCGGAUGUCUAUCUACUCCGUACUAGAUUAAGACCAUUCUAGAAUCGAGCAGCGAUGCCGAACAAAUUACUCCGCACAUUUUCGGGGAUCUCGAGAAGCCUGACGUUCCCCAUCGCCGUCCCCGCGCAGCUGACAAUGGAUGAGCUGAUCAGCGCGAAAUAGUUUGACGCAGCUGAUCACCGGCCUCAUCGUCAUGAUCCCGAAAAUGCACCCAUGAUCCUUGGAUUUGGCUGAGGACUGAAGACGCUUUUAAUCUCCUGGAGUUCAUUUCAAGUACGAACUGACAUGUGGCGCAACCGCUAAACGACGAUACUGAUUGGCGUUUAACAUGGCUGAAGAGAAUCCCGAGCUCCAGGCCGCCUUGCGGGAACUUGAUCAGGAACUGGAGGACGGUGAUAUCACAGAGAAAGGAUAUCAGAAGCGUCGGACACUCCUCCUUUCGCAGUAUCUUUCUGCGGAUGGAGCCCAGGGAGAUCAAGAGCUUCGAUUUAUGCGACGGCCCUCGCACGAUGCUCCUACCACGAUAACAGGCGGACAGGUCAACCGCAGGUCAGUGUAUGCGGAUAACCGGCGGCAAUCUGACUAUCUUCCUGCAAACCUCCUCUCUCCAGCAGAUAAUGGCUAUACCGAUCCGCGUGCGAACCCGUUAUCGAGAAUCCAUGAAAAUGAACUGGGUUUCUCACUCAAUUCGACUCAGCAGCCAUCGAGGACUUCGUAUGAUUCAAUGCAAGCUCCAAUGGCCAAUCCUUCCGUCGCGGAUUACGGUCAUUCUCGGUCGCCAACGGUAAUAAGCCAAAAUUAUGCAUUCAAUCCGAACGAGCAACCGGAAUAUGAUAGUCUCACAAGAAAUUCCACGAUGCUAGACUCCCAGGAAGCGUACUUUUCAGACUUUGCAGGUGAGCAGCAUGAUGAGCGGAGACAGAGUUACGGUGGUGGAUUCCGGUAUUCCCAAGCCGAAGCGUUCUCACCCACGGCCAAUAUGGCGCCGCCCCCAAUGCCCACAACGGGCCUGGCUGCAGGGGUAGUGGUCGACCAUCUUUUACCAUUGGAACCACGGGAUAUUCCCUUCGACGUUUGUGACCUUCAUGAUGCCAAGUCUCCAAUGUCUAAAUUUGAAAAUUUGCCUGCAGUGCUACGUUACCGCGCACGCUCCCACCCGAAGCAGCCAGCCUACUGGGUACUCGACCAGCGGGGUAAGGAGACGGCAUCGAUAACUUGGGAAAAGCUUGCCAGCCGUGCGGAGAAGGUUGCUCAAGUGAUCCGUGACAAGAGCAGUCUAUACCGUGGUGAUCGCGUUGCCCUAGUUUAUCGCGAUACCGAAGUUAUCGAAUUUGCGGUGGCAUUGCUUGGGUGUUUCAUCGCUGGAGUAGUCGCCGUUCCCAUUAACAACCUCGACGAUUAUGCUAGUCUCAAUGUCAUCCUCACAUCGACUCAAGCCCAUCUUGCCCUGACAACGGAGAAUAAUUUAAAAGCGUUCCAGCGCGAUAUCGCAACCCAAAAAUUAACGUGGCCAAGAGGGGUUGAAUGGUGGAAGACAAACGAGUUUGGUAGCUAUCACCCUAAGCGAAAGGAUGAGAUGCCCCCCCUAGCCGUCCCGGAUUUGGCAUACAUCGAGUUUGCGAGGGCUCCCACUGGCGAUUUGCGGGGAGUGGUGAUGAGCCACCGCACCAUCAUGCAUCAAAUGUGCUGCAUGUCUGCGAUAGUAUCUACGAUUCCCACCGAUUCCAAUAAUAGCGGGAAACCCGUGCCAAGACCUCACGGCGAAAUCCUGAUGAGUUAUCUCGAUCCUAGACAAGGCAUUGGCAUGAUCCUUGGUGUUCUCUUUACGGUCUAUGCUGGCAAUACUACUGUUUGGCUAGAGUCCCUAGCGGUUGAAACUCCCGGCCUUUAUGCUAGUUUGAUCACCAAGUACAGAGCUGCUCUGCUGGCAGCAGAUUACCCGGGCCUUAAGAGGGCCGUGUACAAUUACCAGCAAGAUCCGAUGGCGACAAGAAAUUUCAAGAAGAAUUCAGAGCCAAACUUCUCAAGCUUGAAGUUGUGUCUUAUAGAUACUUUAACUGUCGACUGCGAAUUCCAUGAAAUCCUCGCCGACAGAUGGUUAAGGCCCUUGCGGAAUCCGCGGGCUCGCGAACUAGUUACGCCCAUGCUGUGCCUUCCAGAGCACGGUGGCAUGGUUAUCAGUUUACGUGACUGGCUUGGAGGCGAGGAGCGUAUGGGGUGCCCUUUGAAACAUGAAGUACUGCCACCGGAAAAGCAGAAAGACAAGUCCGAAGGUGAGAAAAAAGAAGAAGAGAAGGGCGGAGAGCCAAAGGCGACGUUCGGGAGCAGCUUGAUUGGUGGUUCUGCGGCGCCGAUACGAAAAGAAGGCCCCCGGAACGACCUUGGUGAGGUACUACUUGACAAAGAAGCCUUGAAAAACAACGAAAUUGUGAUAUUAGCAAUUGGUGAGGAGGCAAGAAGGCUGGCUGACACAACACCAAAUGCUGUCAGGGUUGGUGCAUUUGGGUAUCCCAUUCCAGAUGCAACGUUAGCGAUCGUUGAUCCAGAGACUGGGUUGCUGUGCACGCCUAAUGUGGUUGGUGAGAUAUGGGUUGAUUCACCUUCAUUGUCAGGAGGAUUCUGGGCCCUUCCCAAACAAACGGAGUCCAUCUUCCAUGCCCGUCCCUACCGAUUUCAGGGAGGGGGUCCCACGCCUGUAAUCGUGGAGCCUGAAUUCUUGCGAACAGGGCUUCUUGGCUGUGUUAUUGAGGGUCAAAUAUUCGUGCUUGGUCUCUACGAAGAUCGCUUGCGCCAAAAAGUUGAAUGGGUUGAGCAUGGCGUAGAAGUUGCAGAGCACCGAUAUUUCUUCGUGCAACAUCUGAUUCUCAGUAUUAUGAAGAACGUGCCCAAAAUUCACGACUGCUCUGCCUUUGACGUCUUCGUCAACGAGGAGCACCUGCCAGUCGUUGUCUUGGAGUCGUACACUGCCUCAACAGCACCAGUAGCUUCAGGGCAAUCCCCACGACAGCUGGACGUUCCUCUUUUGGACUCCUUGGCUGAGAAAUGCAUGGGAGUGCUAUACCAAGAACAUCAUCUUCGCGUUUAUUGUGUCAUGAUCACUGCCCCGAAUACCUUGCCUAGAGUUCUUAAAAAUGGGCGCCAAGAGAUUGGCAACAUGCUAUGUCGAAAAGAAUUUGAUAAUGGGUCGCUGCCAUGCGAGCACGUUAAAUUCAGCGUUGAGCGGUCGGUUCUGAAUCUUCCAAUUGGCGUGGAUCCCGUUGGAGGAAUUUGGUCUGUUCCAUCUUCAGCUGCUAGGCAGGAUGCCCUCGCCAUGCAGGAAAAGCAAUAUUCAGGAGUCGAUUUGCGGGACGUUAUUAUGGAUGAUCGCACCUCUACGCCAUUGAAUAAUUUUAACAGUAUCGUUGAUUUACUUCAGUGGCGUGUUUCUCGCCAGGGCGAGGAACUUUGUUAUUGCUCUAUCGACGGUCGUGGCAGAGAAGGCAAGGGUAUCACAUGGAAGAAAUUCGAUUCUAAAGUUGCAGCUGUGGCUGCGUAUUUGAAAAAUAAAGUGAAACUCCGCCCCGGCGACCAUGUUAUUCUCAUGUAUACGCACUCGGAAGAGUACGUAUUCGCCGUACAUGCUUGCUUCUGCCUGGGCUUGGUAGCCAUUCCCAUUUCCCCAGUUGACCAGAACCGACUAUCCGAAGAUGCGCCGGCUUUACUCCAUGUCAUUGUCGAUUUCCGUGUAAAAGCCAUACUUGUCAACGGCGAAGUCAAUGACUUACUGAAACAGAAAAUCGUAUCUCAGCAUAUCAAGCAGUCUGCUCAUGUUGUCCGCACGAGCGUUCCAAGUGUAUACAAUACGUCGAAGCCCCCAAAGCAAUCGCACGGUUGCCGCCAUCUAGGAUUUACUAUGAAUCCCCAAUGGUUGAAUUCUAAGCAGCCAGCAGUGAUUUGGACGUACUGGACUCCGGAUCAACGAAGACUGUCUGUCGAGAUCGGGCAUGAUACAAUCAUGGGAAUGUGCAAGGUCCAAAAGGAAACCUGCCAAAUGUCUAGUUCACGGCCAGUUUUGGGAAGUGUGCGCAGUGCUGUAGGCCUUGGGUUUCUACACACCUGCUUGAUGGGGCCCUACGUCGGCGCACCCACUUACCUUGUUUCGCCCAUUGAUUUUGCUGCGAACCCAAUUUCUUUGUUCCUGACCCUAGCGAGAUAUAAAAUCAAGGAUACUUACGCAACUAGCCAAAUGUUGGACUACGCAAUGGGGAGCAUGGCUGCCAAGGGCUUUCAAUUGCAUGAAUUGAAAAAUCUCAUGAUUUCCGCGGAAGGACGACCUAGAAUCGACGUUUACCAAAAAGUGCGCUUACAUUUCGCUGCCGCUGGACUCGAUCGUACCGCUAUCAAUACUAUUUACUCUCAUGUCCUGAAUCCUAUGAUUGCCUCCCGAUCAUACAUGUGCAUUGAACCGAUCGAACUGUGGCUUGAUACAAAAUACCUUAGACAGGGCUACGUUUAUCCAGUGGAUCCGGAUACUCCUGGACAUACGCUUUUAGUUCAAGACUCAGGGAUGGUUCCUGUGAGCACGCAAAUAGCCAUUGUAAAUCCAGAGACUUGCUGCCUUUCUCAUGUUGGCGAGUAUGGCGAAAUAUGGGUUCAAUCCGAUGCCUGUGCCAGGUCCUUCUAUGGCUCUAAGCAGGAAUUCGACCUAGAGAGGUUCAGUGGACGAACUGUGGAUGGCGAUCCAGGUGCCAUAUAUGUUCGUACUGGUGAUUUAGGUUUCUUACAUACAGUGACGAGGCCGAUUGGACCUGGUGGGCAACCAGUCGAAAUGCAGGUUCUGUUUGUCUUGGGUAGCAUCGGUGAAACCUUUGAAGUCAAUGGUCUCAACCAUUUCCCUAUGGACAUUGAGAACACAAUUGAGAAGUCGCAUCGAAAUAUAGUUAGGGGAGGAAGCGCCGUAUUCCAAGCUGGUGGGCUAGUUGUUGCUCUUGUUGAAGUUACCCGAAAAGCCUAUCUUGCAUCCAUUGUACCUGUGAUUGUGAAUGCAGUUCUUACUGAGCAUCAGGUCGUCACUGACAUUGUCGCCUUCGUUCCUCGUGGUGACUUCCCUCGUUCACGACUGGGUGAGAAGCAACGCGGCAAGAUUCUUGGAUUGUGGGUUACUCGGAAGAUCCGGACGAUUGCACAAUUUAGCAUCAGGGAUGCGGAUGGAGUGAUGACCCAUGUCGCAGAGGCCCAUGCAAGGGCGUCAAAAACCGGAAGUAUUAUUGAAGGAAGUAGUCGCCUACCUUCUACGCUCCUGGAAGCAGAGGAACAUGGAGGACCUCAGCCGCAGGCUCCGUCGAGGCGCGGCAAGGGAUAUACAGAUGAACCUGUUGAGCAUUAUCCCCGUACCCCUGAAGGUAUUACAUCGGAUCACCAUGCCCUCGGAGAUCCAACAUUUAGAAAUGCAGAUGACACUGAGCAGUACCAUCAGUCUUUUAAGCACGAUAAUCGCAGCUCUUCUGGCAAUUUCUAUGACCAAAACCAGGAUGAACGACACGAUUUCUUGGUAGAGUCUCCUAUGGCCGCUGAAAACAGAUCCGCUCCCUUCAAUGCCAGCGCUUUCGGCUCUGAAGGCUCAAACUUUGCUCCUGAGAAUCACCCUCUCCAGGGCGAAUGUAACCCAUCUGGUCCCAUAGGUCUAGUCCCCAUGAAACCUCUCUCACGACAGGAUACUCCUCCGUCUCAUCGAUCUAGUUCUCGCUCCUCUCCAGCUCCACAGACCGUCCCCCAGAUCCGGACUCCCGUAGUGUCACUUGGAAAAGAUUCUUUACCCAGUCAACAACUAAGAUACAGCAUGAUUGGAGGCUCCUACAACCAACCCCCUCCCCAGCAAGCUCAGACUCAAGGCCAGAAUCCGUAUGGCGGCUACGGUGAUGAGCACGAGCAGGAUUGGCCACAGGAGGCGAUCCUUUACCAUACAAGGAAUGAUGCGGGAUAUCAAUAGACACAUGAGGAUUGCUCGGCUUUGUCUUUUCUCUUCUUUCCCCCCUUUUUUUUUUAAUUUGUGAGGUCCUGGAUUUGGCUUGCUUGGGUUCUGUCAGCUUCGGGAAAGGUUCAAAUUUUCUCAUGGAUCAGCAGCAUCUUGGCGUUGGCAUGAAUCACAUUUCCUUGAUUUGGUGACGCCGGAUAUCCCCCAAACAGCCACGUGCAUUUAUGAUAUAACUAGUUAAUGGUUUUUUUUUUAUAAUUAUAGUGCAAUGUUAUAGACAUCCUUUUUGUGUAUCCAUGGAGAAGUAAGAUACUAGGUCAAAAGU